GCAAUCCCGAUCCCCCCCUUCAGCGGCUCUCUCUGGUCUUUCUGUGUCCUGCGGGCCCUUAUAUCUCUACGUUCUUCUCCUAGCAUCCCAGCCAAUCCUCUUCAGUCUACGCCUCAACCAUGUUCAGGAACAAUUACGACAAUGAUGCCGUAACCUUCUCGCCACAAGGGCGGAUAUUUCAGGUCGAAUAUGCACAAGAAGCAGUAAAGCAGGGCUCAGUCGUGGUGGGGCUCGUCAACAAGACGCACGCCGUUCUUGUCGGUCUAAAGCGUAAUGCCGAAGAACUGUCCUCAUACCAAAAGAAGAUCAUCGAAGUCGACUCACACCUAGGCAUCGCUAUUGCCGGUCUGGCAUCCGACGCCCGUGUCCUCUCCAAUUUUAUGAAGCAGCAGUGCCUGGGAUCCAGGCUGACGUACGGUCGACCCCUUCCCGUGGGCCGCAUUACUACGCAGAUUGCAGAUCGCGCCCAGAUCAACACCCAGCAGUACGGUAAACGGCCCUACGGUGUGGGGUUGCUCGUUGCCGGUGUUGACGAAGCCGGUCCUCACUUGUUCGAGUUUCAGCCAUCUGGUUUGACAAACGAAAUGCUAGCUUGUGCUAUCGGUGCCCGUUCUCAGAUGGCGAGGACUUACUUGGAGCGAAACCUAGACAAAUUCGCGGAUUCCAGCCGUGAUGAGCUGAUCACUCACGGCCUAAAGGCUCUCAAGGAGACACUGUCCCAGGACAAGGAGCUUACGGUCGACAAUACGUCUGUUGGAGUGGUGGGCCUGGCCGGCGAAGGGGCCAAGGGCAAGAUCGAAAAUUUCAAGCUAUAUGAGGGACAAGCAUGCGCAUCGUUGCUGGAGGCCCUGGAACAGUCUGAAUCAUCGGCGGAAACAGGAGGGGAGUCUAUGGAAGUUGAUUCAUAAACUAUCGGAUGUUACGCCUUAUAGAUGAAAAGCCCUCAUGUCUCUAAUCCUGGAGAUUUGCAUGCUUACUUUACUGUUUUGUUUUCCACUUGAAUACGAAUCCGGAU